CGGUUCUCUCACUUCACCUCAACGUCUUUCGCCGGUUUCCUGUCCUCCUUUCCUAUCUUUUUGCUACUUCUCAUUUCGGAAGCAUUGUUCGCUUGUGUCCCGACUAAGAACGAACUGCACCGGAUUUCGCGUUUCACCUUCAAUUUCUGAAGCACCAGAAGUUUAUCUACAGAACGUUUUGGGAGACAGCUCCUUGCGGUUUCCUGUUAGCGGCAUUAUUCUUAUGCAGGGACUAUAGAAUACACACAUCAGGGUCGGAUCUGGAGUGUAUGAGCUACUCAGGCGACAACGGGUCUUCAUCGAAACGCGGUGACUGAAAAUCGAUAUCGGGGCAACAGAGACCUUCCAGCCUUAUCACAAUGAGUGUACGAGUUGUUGCACGGGUUAGGCCCCUUUUGAAAUCGGAGCGCGAGUUGGAUGUGAUCCUUCACACUGGCACGAACAACACUGUAUCCAGCAAGGGGGACAGGAAGAGCUCGCAGGAUAAUUCCAAGCUGGCGGCGUUGAGAGAUCGGGAUACAAUAGUGCGGGUCCCAAACCCGAAGAAUGAAAAUGAGGAAUACUCUUUUCAGUUCAACGCCGUUUACGAUGCGGGUGUGUCUCAGCAAGAGCUCUUUGAUGCAGAAAUUGCGCCGACAACCAAGCAUUUAUUCAACGGGUUUGAUGUGACACUGUUUGCCUACGGAGUAACCGGAACCGGAAAGACACACACAAUGCGGGGUGGUAAAAGCCUCGCUGAGAGAGGUGUUAUUCCUCGCCUCUUAAGUAGCAUAUACAGGCGCAGCCGAAAGAUCGAGAAGGACAGUGAGGGCAAAACUUCAGUCAACGUCUCCUUGAGUUACUAUGAAAUCUACAAUGACAAGGUCUUCGAUCUAUUUGAGCCACCAGAGAAGAGAACGCUCGCGGGAUUGCCCCUAAGAGACAACGGUGGGAAGACUGUAGUCGUAGGGUUGACGGAGAAGCCAUGCUAUACCCUUAAAGAGUUUGAGAGCUUAUAUGAUCAAGCGAACACGAAUAGAUCAACAUCUGCAACCAAGCUCAACGCGCAUUCGUCACGAUCUCAUGCUAUCCUCUGCGUGAAAGUUGCAAUUACCUCGGAGGAUAAGACCCGAAUUAGCACCGCAUCUGCUAUUGAUCUUGCUGGCUCGGAGGAUAAUCGCCGGACGGACAAUGGCAAAGAGCGCAUGGUCGAAUCGGCUAGCAUCAACAAGAGCCUAUUCGUUCUAGCACAGUGCGUGGAAGCAAUUACUAAGAAGCACCAGCGGAUUCCAUAUCGGGAAUCAAAGAUGACCAGAAUUCUGUCCCUGGGCCAAAACAAUGGGCUGACUGUUAUGAUCCUAAACCUUGCUUCUGUAAGAUCAUACCACUUGGAUACAAUUAGUUCACUCAAUUUCGCCAAUCGCACCAAAAAAAUCGAGGUGCGUGAGGUCGAGAACGAGCCAAUAUUCAGAGGGCCCCCCAGACCUGCAGCACGCCCAUCAGUUACAAGUUCCCAACGGCAACCUUUACGCCCACUCACGGCCUCCGUUAAUGUCAAUCUCGCGGCUGUUACUAACAAGGACAAGGACGCCUCCAAACCUGGUGACGGCAAACCAGUGAAGGCAUUCCACGUGUACUCUGACAAACCGCGACCUAGAAACUCGGCUCAAUUUAAAACGUCAGAGGUUCUCAGCCGGCCUUCGUUGAGUUCUGAGCUCCCUGAAGCACGCCCACUGAAGACUGGUAGGCUUGCACAACCUUCAUCUUACUCGCAAAAAAACCAGGAAGAAAUGUCAGCCAGAAUCGAGGAACUGGUGGAGAAGAAGGUGGAACAGAUACUGGCUGUGCGUGCUGUUAGUGAGCGAUCAAGGCAGACUCAAGUCCGCGAGCUCAAUGAGCAGGUACAACGGCGCCUAGAGCUGCUAGAACAGCGGAUAGAAGGCAGCGAAGAUGCGAGAGCUGAGGGAUUGUCAUAUCUCCUCAUGGCAAAACAACACCAAGCACGCGGGGAAGACAGCUCAGCCUUGAAGAUGUACCAACUAGCGCUUCCUUUCUUCCCCCAGAACGAGAAGCUGGUGGCCAAAAUCGAUAAAUUGAAGCAGCGCAUCCACAAGAAAAUUCACCACGACGUGGAAAAUUUCAGCGCCCCUGCAAUCCCAGAAGCAAAGCGGGAAUUCGGUAGCAUGUUGUCUCUCAAGAGGCAUCCAUCAAAGCAGGGAACGAAACGAUAUGCUGAAGAUUCAGACGCAGAUUACGAGGAGCAUGAGUUGGAGCAAUUCAGUUCAGAAGAUGAAUUCGAGACCUUGUCUCGGAGCAAGCGCACGAAGCGUACCAAGACCAAAAUGGUUCUCGAUGAAAUCUCCGAGCAAGCAGACUGUAAUGACUCUGCCCCUUCCCCCCGAACAAUCCACCUCCUGUCCAUCAUAAAUUCUCGUGAUGUAAGUCAGAUCAAGCUGUUGAAAGGUGUUGGAGUCAAGAAGGCAGAGGCGAUUGUCGAUUGCCUCUGUGAGAUGGACCAGAAUCUAGAAAGUUACGAGGAACCGCAAGUCCAAAUCAACAGUCUUGCAGAAUUAAGCACACUCAAGGGUGUAGGAGCGAAGACUGUUCAAAGCAUGCGAAACGGUGUUUUGGUAUAGACGACGAGUUGCCAUUCUUUGCACUUUUCUUUGCAUUUGCUGGAGCCUUGAACCGCAUUGCAUCAUGAUCUCAUUUACGUUUUGGCAUUCCCCAUAUUGCUUGCUUAUUUGGUUUUCUGUUUUGCUUUGCGAUUGCGAUUGCAUCAGUUACGGGUUGCAUCUAUGCAUCUGUGUUCAAGUUGUUACAGCGAGGGCGUUGUGGCGCUUGAUUAAUAUUGUAUGAUUUUGGUUAUCAUUUUGCUAGCAUGCUCAAUUCAAAUAUCAAUUCUGCG